AUGAAGGAUCCUUUUGCAACCGAUAUCUCCGACUCUCCGGCUCACAGUUUGAAGAAUAUAGAUGGUUGUUACAAUAAAAAUAUAUUUAAAACUAAAUCAUUUGCGAAUUCACGUCGUGCCUUGCAGUCUGGCGCCGAUAAAAUCUCGAGAACCUUCAGGAGUGUGAAGAAUUCUUUCGGGAACUUAUCACAGCAUUUCAGGUUAGGUGCCAGGAGAAGACAUAGACUCACUGAUGCAGGGUCUCCAUGUCGCACCCCAUCAACACCAGUGACUAAAAAAAAGUCGAUAUUAGCUAGGAGCCCAACCAAGCUGUACAGCCCAUUUGGAAUUGAGACACCGCACAGCCGUGACUUCAGAAUGACUCCAUAUAUGCCUGACACUCCAGAGCAUGGGUUGUCACCCAAGCGACGCAAAGGAGUCACGCAUUCGUGGCAUCUCUUAGCAAAAAAGAGACCCAGAGCCCUAUUCCACUGA